AUGGCCAGAAAGAAGUCGGCUGCCAAGAGGGCCAGAGAAGAGGAAGCUAAGCUCAGCAAGGCCGAGACCAUUGAAGUCAAGCCAUCAAAGGAUUCAACCCAGUCAAAGACAGUUGAGCCAACUGUCGCUAGCGACCAAGAAGCACCAGAAGAUAACGACGAUUCCCUGUCUGAAGAAGAGGAUGAAUACGGAGAGCUUGUAACCAAUGAAGUGGAGGCUGGGAUCAACCAGGUGUUGACAUAUCUUCGUAAUAACGAGACCAGCAGGUUGUUGGACCCUAACACCAAGUUCUUUGAAGACCCAGAAACAGCUGUGACAAAGUUGGGCAGCUCGGAGAAGGAGAAGCCCUUGUAUUUGAAGGACUAUCACCGGAUUAACUUGCUUAGUGGUGGAUACAAGGAUGAAGAGGAUGAGGAUGAGGAAGGACAAGGACCUGAAAAUGAUGACGUUAAGCCAUUUGCUUUAGAACAGCAAGAGACAAGAGACCAAAUCUUGUCUGACAUUAAGAAGGCCUUCAAUGAAGAUCAAGAAGAUGACGAUGACGAUGAAGAUGACAACGGCGAUGGGUUCUUAAAGAAGAAGAAGACAUCUGGUAACGUACUGAAUGAGAAAUGGGUGCCUCUGUCUCGCUUGCCCAAUCCGGAAAGAGACGGCGAAGGUUUCUUAAACUCAUUCAUCAGUAACGAAGCAUGGAUUCCUACCAAGGACGAUAAGACCAUUAACUUGGAUAAAAUCGAUACCGGGGCCGAUGCAGACUUUGAUGAUGCCGUUGAAGAUUUCGAACAUGCCUAUAACUUCAGAUAUGAAGACCCCAAUGCCGCAGAGAUCAUUUCCUAUGCCCGUAAUCAAGCCACGGUCAGAAGGUCCGCCACCAACUCGAGAAAGAGACAAAGGGAAAAGAAGAAGGAACAGAAAAUACAAGAAGAAAAGGAAACAGAUGAGUUGUUCAAGAAGAGAAAGACUCAAAAGAUCAAUAACGUUAUGGAUAACUUGAAGAAGAUCAAAGAGGCUGUUGGAGAAGACAUUGAUGAUGAGCUUAUUCAGAAGGUUUUCGGAGAGUCUUUGUUGGAUGAUGACUUUGAUGAUCUUGAUUGGGAUAACAAGAUGGCGCAGAUCUUUAAUGACGAUUUCUAUGAAGAGGGCACAGACAAACCACAAGUUGAUGAUCUUUACGGUGAUGAUGGCGAUGAGGAAGAAGUCAAAAAUGGCAGUACGAAGAAGUCAAAAAAGGAACUGUUGAAGGAGAAGAAGUCAGCGAAAAAGGCAAAGGAAGCCAUCAAGGAAACGGCCGAGUCAAUUGUAGAAGCCAAUGCUCUCAAGAUUCGUGAUGAAGUCGAAGAAGAAAGGGGAAGAUCAAAGGGUGUUCAACCAGUUAAAUUCAAGUAUCGGGAAGUGUCACCGGAAUCAUUCGGUCUUACCACCAGAGACAUUUUAUUGGCUGACGAUAAGCAAUUGAAUCUGUACAUUGGGAUGAAGAAGUUUGCUCCUUAUAAGCCCAAGGAAGCGGCACUUAAGGAUAAGAGGAAGUACACCAAAAAGAAGCAAUUACAACAGUGGAGAUAUGAAACGUUUAAUGAUAGAAAUGGUCCUUCAAAACAGGAAGGAGAAGCCGAUAACGAGAUAUGGCUUCCGAUGGAAGAACUCGAAGAACCAAAACGUAAAAAGAGAAAGCAUAAUAAGUAG